ACACAAUCCACAACGUUAAUUCGUUUGCUCUCUUCUAUAAAAUCCAUUCGUCACACUUCUCCUCCUCUCACGAAAACAUUUUCAAUUUGAAAAAAAAAAACACAUAACAUCAAAUUUUACUUUUCUCUUUCUUUCAUUGUUUCACAGUCUACAAAAAAUGGAAGGAAGACAAUACUACCCUCCAAGAGAAACCAUCGACGGAAACAGAACCACCAUGGGAGGACCUCACUCGCCGUGGCAUUCACCGGUUCCUUAUCUCUUCGGUGGUUUAGCCGCGAUGCUUGGUCUCAUCGCCUUUGCUCUCCUAAUCCUCGGUUGCUCUUAUUGGCGCCUCUCUGGUUACUUCGACGGUGAGGAAAACCAGAGCAGAGACAGCGAUCUUGAAGCCGGAGAUUUGAAGCCCGAUAAAGCGGUGAAGGCUGUAGCUUUGCCGGAGAAGUUCUUGGUGAUUAUGGCCGGAGAUGUGAAUCCCACGUACUUGGCGACGCCGGCGGAAAAAAACUGUACUUGUGACGAUGAUGAAGACGAGGAGGGUGGUGUUGACGUGAGGGGUAAUGAUCAGGUGGUGCGGCGGAGUACUGAAAGCAACGGUGGGACACAUUGAGAAACAGAGUACCCGAAGAGAAGAAACAGAGGAUCGUCUAUUGUGAACAGUUCUUUAGACUGUUUGUAUCUGACCCGGUUGCUUCUGGAUAUCGGGUCGGGUCAGAGCUCUACAUGAUGAGCUUUAAUUAUAGUCUGACUCAUAAAGUGGCAGAAGAACUAUUUAUAAAAAAGUAAAUUGGAAUUGAGUUUGGAUCUUUAGGAAGGUAUUAACAAUGUUAUUUAAUCUUAGCUUUUGCUUCACUAAGUUGAUUAGGCUUUUUUUGUUUUUAAAUUUGUAAUUAGUUUGUAAUUCAUUAGUAUUGUUCCAUUUUUAAGUUAUGAUGAAUAUAUCCAGGAAACUUUUUUGAACAUAUUUGUGAUAUUUUGAAAUUCGAAUGAAAAAAAUUAUUGUGAUUA